CCAGUCAGUCCCACCAAGACCCCCUACCCGCAUCCUCCAGGCAUCCUUCCCAUCGUUGAAGAAGAAGAGAAUGCUCUUGGUGAAGACGAGGAGGAGACUAAGGAAAGUAAAGAUCAUCCUCCUGAGGAGCUUCUAGGAAGUGAAGUUCCAUCCAAUGCAGAUGAAGUUCAUGAUAUUAUUAUUGGAAUGUCUGGAAUUACUUCACAUAAUGCUGCUCUGCUUAGGAAGUUGUACAACAUGGAGGAUUUCAGCGAUGAAGGACCAAGCAUCUCCUCCAUCGUCAAGGAUCACAUCUCAACGAUGAAGAAACUUCUCUCAUCUCACAUCAAUACUUCGGUCAUGCUGGAUGUAGAAGGGAAAGAGAAGGAGAAGUUUGGUGAGACGUACGAGGAAUUCUUAAACACGGUUCAGCAGAUUGAGAUGUAUCUGUGCGCUUAUCUUCAAGCUGUGUUUCUAAGACGGAUGAAGACGCAUGAAGCCUUGGAUGUCAUCACACGAUUUACUCCAGUGGCUUACCGUCAAGGAAUGAAGAGAUCCAUCGCUGAGAAGUACAUCGACAUCUUCAAUUGGUAUGAAGCAGAUCUUGAAGAAGUCAAGAAUAUUUAUGAGAAGUUUAAGGAAGAGCCAUCUAUGAUCCGCAAUGCUCCACCAGUAGCUGGAGCAAUCUCCUGGUCCCGUCAGCUUCUUCAGCGAAUCGAAGACCCUAUGAAAGUCUUCCGAGAUAACCGUGCAGUGACACACCUACGUGACUUCUCACGUAUCGUUAGAUUCUACAACCGUGUCGCUACAGCAUUGGUGACAUUUGAGAGUCUGUGGUUAGCCCAGUGGAGGGCUCAUAUUGAGAAUGCUAAGGCGGGACUUAGAGCUACUCUACUUAUUAAUCAUCCAGAGACUGGAAUGAUUGUAGUCAAUGCUGACGAAGGUGUACUGCAGUUGAUUCAGGAGUGUCGCUGGUUAAAGAGACUUGGAAUUGAUAUACCAGACUCAGCGCAAAUGGUUCUCAAACAGGAGCAGAGAUUCAAGAACUACUUCAACCAUCUUCAGUUAUGUCUGAAGGAGUUUCAUGACAUCAUUGGAUCCAUCCAAGCACCGGUCCGUAGCUUGUUUAGACCUCACAUCAAUAACGUUACAGUGACCCUACAGCCUGGGUUAACAACACUAGCCUGGAACUCUAUGAAUAUUGAUGCCUUCUUGCACCAAGUCCAUACCGCCAAUGCCAAACUGAAGCACAAGGUAGACAGUGUUAAUCACGUGAUUGAUACUAAGAUUAACGCUAAGCUGAAGAUGAUCAGCGAGCUUUUCCUCUUUGAUACAGACUUGGCAUUCAGUAGAUCAUGGCCACCAUCUGAGUUCACCGAAGCAAUGCUAGACAGUGUCAGUUCUCGUAGUUCACAACUUCAUGAGUUCACUGUCCAGAUUGAAGAAGCCGUUCAUGAUCUGAUCAGCAUCCUCCUGGGGCACACCAAGAGUCCACCUCACAGUCCUCAUCCGAGCCUGUCCGCUGGCUCAAGGCGUCAUUCAGGAAAACAGACGAUGAAUCUUACACCAAGGACUGAAGCAUCUAGCGGGGAUACGAGUGAUGAUAUGAUGAUUGGGGAUAUAUUAUAUCACUACUCCGAGCGAGUCUACCAAGCCGUGAUGUCAUCAAUCUGUCGUACUCUAAUAACCCUCGCUGAAGCAGCGGGUUGUGAAGGAAUCAUUGAAGCAAUUAGUCGUGAGCUUGCGACGUCACCGCUCCCUAACGACGGCCGACUAGACGACCCUAGUCUACCUGUAACACCAGGGAGGAAUAGAAGUCGACCUGGUACAGGGUAUAGCAGAGCUAGUACAGCUAUGAGCAGAGCUACGUCAUCAAUGUCGUUUCUAUCAGAUAUGUCUUGGACGUCUGAAAAGACGCAUGAGAUCACGUAUCUUAGAUUUGAAGUAGCGGUGAAAUUCUCGAUUCCUAACAUCAUCAUUGAACCCACCUUGGAUGCAAUCAAGACGUCCUUAGCCCGCAUCGCUGAAGUUGUUCUUAAUACAUCAGAUAAGAUAUGCUGGUGGGCUGGUGAAGAUAUCGGAGAACCAUUUCUUACUGAGGUUGUUCAAGAACCUGCUAUUGAGAGUACGAUGAGGAGUUUAGAUGGAGUUGUUGAAGAUCUUCAGCGAGUGAUCGACAAACAUCUCUACCAUUUCAAGUUCUAUGACUUCUUAUGGAAAGAUGACAUGUAUGCCGCUUACUACGAAUUCAUUGAUAAUGACCCCGGAACAUUCGCUGUUAAGAAGGAAGUAGAACGUCUUCUACACAUUGAAGAGAAGAUUCAAGCUGUUCCUGGCAUCUUACCAGUUGGCUCGGUGUGUCUUGAGACGAGUCCAAUCACUGAUGCUCUGUAUGGGUUUGCUGUUCAAUGGAAGACGCAAUAUGCUCAGGUGUUGCAUGAAGAAGCCAAGAGGAGACUUGAUCAAGCCAUCUUGUACCGUAAUAACGUCAAGACUCGUCUGAUGGCCGAAGUAGUCACCCUUGACCAGCUGAACGGGACGCUGAAUUGGCUGGAGGAAGUACGAGAUAUGGAGAAUAAAGUAGACAAGAUAUAUCUCCCUAUUGAGACUAUGUAUGCUGACCUCAGGAGUUACAAGCUGAGAUUGCCUCGUUCUGAAGUCGAGGAAGUAGAGAAACUACGAGAUAAUUGGCAAGAGGUCAUUGACCUUGCUGAGCAAUGUCGGGUCAAGUUACUGAAAGAAAGACGAGGAGCGUUUGAACAGGAACUAGACAAGCAAGUCAAGCUGUUUGUGGUUGAGGUGAUUCAAUUCCGGAAUAGUUUUGAUUCUCAAGGACCAGCAGUACCGGGAGUCCAACCAGCCGAAGCCGUUUCAAGACUUCAUGAAUUCCAAGAAAUCUUCAAGUUAUACGACUCUAAGAGGAAGACGCUUGACUCCGUCUCAAGACUCUUUGGUAUCAUCUGUAAACCCUUCCCUGAGCUCGAUAAAACUGGAGAGGAAUUGGAUCUGCUAGGUUUACUCUACGGACUGUUCCAGAAGUUUAUUGCAUUUGAUGCUCAGUUUAGAGAUAAACUUUGGGCAGAUGUAGACCUUGAACAAGCCAACAGGGAGGUUGAGAAUUACUGGGAUGAAUGUCAGAAUCUUCCGGAUAAACUCAAGGAUUGGGAUGCUUACAAUGAGAUGAAAAGCUCCAUCAAGUUCUACCUGGAUGUAUUCCCGAUAUUACACAAACUGGCUUCAAAGGAGAUUCGUAAUCGUCAUUGGCUUCAAGUGAUGUCAGUAACAGGAAGUUCCUUCCAACUAGAAGCAAACGUCUUCAAGUUACUUCAUAUCUUAGAUAUCGGACUGAUUGUACAUCAGACAGAGAUUGAGGAUAUUUGUCGUUGUGCGAGCAAGGAGCAAGAAUUAGAAGUCAAACUUCGUAUCACUGAAGAAGAAUGGACAGAACAGGUAUUAUCAUUUGAAGAAUAUAAGAAGAGAGGACCAAUCUACCUAGAGAAGGAUAAUUCUGAACAUCUGUUGGAACAAUUAGAGAAUGCUCAAGCAUUGUUAGCUACUAUGUUAACAUCGAGAUAUAUCGGACCAUUAAGAGAGGAGGCAGCUGGCUGGGCAGAGAAACUAAAAGGAGUGGCUGAAGUGUUGGAGCAGUGGCUUGAGGUACAGGAUUUAUGGCAGUAUCUAGAAGCCGUCUUCAGCGUGGGGCGGACAGCGAAGGAGCUACCUCAAGAAGCUAAGAGGUUUAAUCGCAUCGAUAAAAGCUGGACUAAGAUUAUGAAGAGGGCUUAUGACACAAGGAAUGUCUUACAGUGCACCUAUGGUGGUGAAGUUCCAAAAGGCGUGGUCUUAAGACAUAUAUUUGAAGAGCUUGAGAUUUGCUUCAAGUCUCUGAUGGGAUACUUAGAUAAGAAGAGACAAGGAUUCCCAAGAUUCUAUUUCUUAUCGGAUCCAGUGCUCCUCGCCAUCUUAAGUCGUCCGUUUGAUCUGGAGUCAGUCAGGCCUCAUCUCAGGUGUAUCUUCAACAGCGUUUACGACAUCCGUCUAGAGCAGCUACCUCUCUCCUUCCUUCCUCAGAGUGCUACAUCCUCUCCUGAGAAGUCUUACCACAGCGGACGAGAGAGACACUCCCCGAUGAGAUCGGAUUCCUCAGCGGCUCAUAUGUCUCAUCAACAAUCUCGGAUGACUCUAGGAGAGAGUAUGAUCGGAGGAGGCGGGAUACAGUCAGAGUAUUUGAUGCAAGCUGUCGCUGUUAUCUCUAAGGAGACGGAAGUCUUACAGCUUGAUGAAGAGGUAUCAUUGAAGGAUAGCGUUGAGAUCUGGUUACAUGCCUUGAAGGAAUCCAUCAGUAAGACGAUGUAUUCUAACGUCUGUAAGAUGAUUGAAGAAGUAGAAGCAGGUCUUCCUAUCGAGGAACUGGCUAACAAGUUUCCAAUGCAAGUGGCUGGCUUAGGUCUCUUGAUGUACUGGACCAAGGAAUGUGAACUUGGAAUCUUAGAGAUAAGGAACGAUCGUAAAGCGAUCUCAAAUGCAGCUAAGAAGUUUGGUACAACGAUGAGCCGGCUGUCGACUGCGCUGACUAGAGGAACAUGGAAGACGUUAGAUGAGCACAUGACACCUCUACAAAGACUCAGAUUGGAAAGUCUGGUCGCUCAAUCUCUGUAUCUCCGAGACACCUUGGAACAUAUGAGCAAUCGUAAACUCCGAGAGAUUGGUGACUUUGAAUGGAGAAGAUGUAUUCGAUUUUAUCAUCACUUCACUGCUGGUCGUGUUCAGCCCCAGAUCUACAUUCUAGAUGAUCGUUUUACCUACGGGACUGAGUUCUAUGGCGGUCAAUCAUCGUUGGUUCUGACACCUGUUACUGAGAGGUGCUUCUUGUCUCUGGCACUGGCGAUGAAGCAAUAUAAGAAUUGUGCAAUUACAGGAGGAACUGGUGUGGGUAAGACAGAGACGACUAAAGGAUUUGCGUGCAUGCUUGGUCAGUACUUGGCUAUGUUUGCAUGCUCAGCACAAAGUGAUCCUGGAGCAUUAGGAAAGAUUCUACAAGGAUUAGCAAUGGAUGGUUGCUGGGGAUGUUUUGAUGAAUUCCAGCUUCUUCAAACGGAUGCCAUUGCCAUGGUACUAGACCACGUCCACGCCAUCACAACCGCUCUAAGAUCAAGAAGCAAGUACUGCAUUCUGGGAGAUGGAGAGGAGGUUGCGUUGAAGAGCGGCGUUGCUCUUUUCAUCACAGUGAACAACGAAACCGCUCCAUCUGGAGGGAUUCCUAUCGAUAUUAAACUACUCUUCCGAACUGUCGCUGUAGUCAUGCCGGACUUCUCAACCAUCUUGAAGGCUAGAUGUGCUGCUUAUGGAUUCAGAUCACCGAGGAUGCUUGCUGAUCGACUUAAGAUGGUUGCCCAACAGUGCAAGGAACAACUGUCAUCGGACGAUCACCAAGUGUUUAACAUGAAAAAUAUGAUCAGCGUCUUAUUACAUGCCGUAGGAACGUGGCGAGAUGUGGAAGGAUCCAAGGAAUAUCAUCAACUCUUUAGUAUCGGAGGGUUAUCAUCGGCCGUUCAUCACGCUCACCUUGGCCGUAAACUCACCAAGGAAGAACGGAUGGAGCUGUCAAGAGCAAGCUCUCAAGGAUCUAUUGUACAACCGGGGAGCGCAAUGCCAUCUGCGGCUAUGUUAAAGACUGUUGAGAAACAACCCCGUAAGAUCGGAGCCCCUAACCCCAUGACCCCAGCAGCUAGAGCUGAGCACGCUGUGGUCGCUCAAGCGUUACAUCAUGUCAUUGGACCACGACUCAAACCAGAUGCUCUAUACAUCUUCAACAGCGUCGUCAAGGACAUGUUCACAGCCAUGGGUAGUCCUCCUACUCCUCAAUCUAGUCGAGCAAGGAGAAAUCGUCUCAACGUUGAACACAUGGUCGUUGAGAAAGCACAGGAGAAUGGAUUCAUGCCACAUACUAACUGGGUUAACAAAGUCAUGCAACUCUACUCUGUGUCUCUGGUUAACCAUGGUAUCAUCGUAGCUGGGGGUCCAGGGUCUGGUAAAUCCAGUGCCAUUCAGAUGUUAGUAGAGGCUCUGUCAGCGAUAGCGCCGGCUCAAUCACGCCAAUCUCGUAGCAGUGUGUCUAGCAUCACUGCCAUCAGUCACAAACUACAGAGAAUUAACCCACUAGUAGUGGACGAUCUCUCACUCAUGUUUGGUUAUUUAAAUCAGAAUCAUGAUUGGAUUGAUGGAGUGUUUACUAACGUAUGGAGGAAAGCAAACAGAAAUGUUAGCACCACCUGGCUGUGUUUAGAUGGUCCUCUCACCCCAAGCUGGGCCGAUAACUUCAAUAGUGUCUUAGACAAUGACAAGGUGCUUCAUCUUCAUAAUGGAGAUCGUCUCUUCAUCAGCGAUAACGUCAAGUUAGUCUUUGAGACGAGUGAUCUAAACACUGCAUCACCUGCGACCGUCACCAGAGCUGGAAUUGUGUACAUGGAUAAGGAUGUGUUAGGCUGGCGCCCCAUUGCACAGGCAUGGAUGGAGAAUAGGAACCAACAAGAAGUACAUUGUUUACAGAAAGCGUUCAAUAAGACGAUGGAUGCAGUGGUCAACUUUGUUCUGUAUGAAACGAGACCGUUGGUGCAAGUUUGUGAAGUUGGUCUCUUCAAGAUGUGCUUGGGUCUCCUAACAGCGAUGUUGAACGAGCAUGUAGAGAUCGGAGGAGAACUUCAUAUCGAACGAUUAUUUCUCUUCUGUCUUAUUUGGUCAUUUGGAGGAUUGCUCGAAGGAAAUGAUAGAAAGAACUUCAGUGACCUCCUCAGGACUCUAACAUCAGCACUUCCUGACUAUGACCAUGAUAUUUCCGUCUUUGACUACUACGUGGAUGAAUCAGGAGAAUGGGAUCCUUGGCUCUCUAGAGUUCCUGAAGUUGCCUACACCCCGGAUACACAUGACUUGCUUGGAGAAAUCUUUGUAGACACUGUAGAUACGAUUCGUUGUCGUGUCAUCUUAGAGUUUGCCAAUCUCUCCAAUAUGCAUGUACUCCUUGUUGGCCCUCCUGGAUCAGGCAAGACUGCUAUGAUGAAUGACUUCAUUAAUACACUAGAUCCAUCUUACCAAGUCACUAAGCGUCUCGUCUUCUCUGGAGCAUCAACUGCAUCUCAACUGCAGCAGUUUGUUGAAACAAACAUCCAUCAUCGAAGAGGUUUUGUUUACGGAGCUCGUGAUAACAAACGUUUCCAGCUCUUCAUCGAUGAUUUAAAUCUCCCUCCUGGUGAUGAACACGGUGUUCAACGCUGUAAUGAACUCUUACGUCAACUUCUUGAUGAUCGUGUCUUAGUGACUUUACAGAAGCCAUUUGAAUGGCGGACGAUUCAAGAUCUAGUUAUCUUAUCUGCUCACACAAGGAAUGUUUAUCCGAGCGUUGGUAACAAGAAGAUGCCAGACAGGCUGCUGAGACACUUUGCAGUGAUCAGCCUUCCUGAACCAAGAGACUCUGCUCUGAGUGGUAUCGUUGAUGCAAUACUAGACGGUAACAUGCACAAGAAUAACGGACAGAGCUUAGCACAGGAGCUUCAUGAGUCCAUCGUCAAUGCUUCCUGCCAGCUACUGACCAAGGUCCAGAGUGUCUUACGACCUUCAAUGAUGCCUGGAAGAUAUCAUUACAUGUUCACUCUCAGAGAUCUGACGAAAGCAUUUCAGUGUCUUGUACGUCUUUCUGAAGAGGCUCGGGGCGAGAUCAGCAUGGUUACAUCGCUGUGGCAACAUGAAAUCAGACGUAUCAUGCAAGAUAGACUGUGUCGUACGGCAGACAUUAAUUGGUUUCAUCAAACGUUGACAGACGUCGUCAAAACGCAUUUUCCUGAGACACCAGAGGGCGAUAUUCUUUAUGAUGAUUUUGUGACAUUUCCGAUUGAACCAAGAACCUACGUCCGACCAGUCACAUCACUCUCACAGAAGUCUGUUAGGGUUGUUCUGCAGCCAGUAGAGGGCCUAGACAAGGUCCAUCAGUGUGUCCAUUCACAUCUGACUCGCUAUAACGAGGAGUUUGGUAACGUCACGAUAAACAUCAUGCUGUCUGAUGAUGUCAUACAUCAUGUGAUCAGGAUUCAUCGAGUACUAAGCUUCCAUCAUGGUGGUAACCUAUUUAUGAUCGGUGCUAUCGGUAGUCAUCUUACUACCCUCGUCAAUCUUGCCUUACAUGUUGCUGAUAUGCCAAUCCAUCCAAUGGACUCGUCAAGGAAAAAUAACUUCUUCGAUGGUUUACGCUCGGCGGUUAGACUCGCUGGAACUGAAGGAAAGAUGCUGACUCUUAUGUUUACUGCUCGUGACUUGAAGGACGAGGUUUAUCUUGAUGCCAUUAAUAGUUUGCUUGUUUGUGGCGAGUACCCACCGCUUUUCUCCAAUGAUGAACUAGACGGGCUUCUACAGGCUCUAGGCCCAGCGAUGAAGAGACAUUUUCCAAAUGUCUUGAUUGAACCCAUGAAGUUCUUUGUGUCCCGAGUCAAGACCAAUCUUCACAUCAUCAUCUGCGUUCCUCCAACUCAUGAACUCCUUCGUAUUGCUCCGAGUGAGUACCCUGGUCUAGUAACUGGUAUGCAGAUAAACUGGAUGUGUGAUUGGUCCGAGAGUGCACUGUUGGGUGAAGCUAAUUACUUCAUUCAUAAACACAGCUUGGGUAGAGAUAGCUCUGCAGACACAAGGGAGAAUUUGGUGUCUUGCUUGUCGAACAUUCAUAGCUUCAUCCUUCAUGACUGCAACCAGAUCCCAUGGGCUGGAAGUACUGAAGAAACGGUGCAGAUAACAACCCUCAAAAUCCAUGGCAAGAAAGAAUCCAUCAAAGUGCAGACGUUGGACGUACCUAAUCUGCCGUAUACUAAGCUCAUCAUGAAAGAACGUAUUAAUCUGAAUCAUUGCGAUCCCGCUAUGCCAGGCAAACAUGAGAUCUUUAUUGGCCCACGGACAUUCCGUCGAUUCCUGGAUGCUUUCCGUUACAUCUACAGCACAAAGAGCAAAGAAAAUACAGCUAGAGUUGGACAGCUGAGGAAAGCUCUUGCCUGCCUCGCUCGUACUCAACAAGACACCCAAGCCAAGAAACAAGACAUCAAACGUCUUCAAGUAGACUAUGAAGACGCCAGUAAGAAGGUUGCUGCUCUUCUUGAAAGCUUGACACUUCGGGCAACCGUCUUGGAGAAGACUAAAGCUCAAUUUACUGAAGCUAGUAAUAGUUUGAGUGCAUUCUUACAGAUGCAUGAGGUUGAAAGUGAUGAAGAAAUUGAAGAUGAGUUACUUCAAGCAGAAGAGAGAGAUGAAUAUGACAAGGAGUUUGAACGGAUGAGACAAGAGAAUCUUCAAUCUCGUAAGAUGGCCAUUGAGGAGGAGCUUGAGAUUGCUAUUAAGAAAGUCGCAGAUUGCAGAGGUGUCUUACAAAAAGCUAGAGAUCAGGUUCUUCACUGGUGUGAAAAAGUUGACCGUUCCUGCAUUGAGCGUCUCAAGUCAUUCCAGAAUCCUCCUCCGAUCGUUCAACAAGUGAUGGAGAUGGUCAUGGCGCUCCUUGGCAAGAAUAAACCUCUUGGGCAACAUCCAGAGCGGAGUGAAAGGAUACCUAAUGAAGAUGCUUCUGUCUUAUCUGGAAGACAUUCCUCAACUUCUUCACCGAGUCCAAAGAGUCCUACGAAGAGAGUGCCAAGAAAAUCCCGUGUACAUCCUCCAAAGUUCUUGAGCUACGCCUCAGAAUCCAAAGAUCAGCUGAACGAUAAACAGAGAUGGAAACAUAUGCAGAAUAUGCUGAAUGACUCCACUAAGUUUGUCGAGAUACUUCAAGGCAUAGACUGGGAGAACGGACUUGACACUAACAUUAGGCUGAAUGUUGAGCAUUACCUACCCAAGCCCAAGGGUGACGGAGAGGGGGUGACUGGAGAAGGGUCCUUGCUAGAGGUACCUGGAGGAGCGAAGUUACCCGCCUCAUCCAGACGUAGUCCAUCUUCAAUGGAAUCAGGAGGUAUCACUAUAGCUGCAGUACGCUAUAGCUCAGAAGAUGCUGGAAAUCUUGUAGCUUACAUCUGCUCCUUGGUGGAAUACUCACAUCAAUGCGGGCCUCUUAGACAAGCCUUGGAGAAACAAACGGAGCUUGAGAAAGAGAAAGUAGAGAAUGAACGACUUCAGAAGGAGCAAGAUGAAAGGGAAGCAAGAGAAGCCUUAGCAAGAGAAGAACAAGACGAUCCUGAAGAUGAAGCUGUUUAUACCGAAGCAGACAUCCCAGGUCUUCAAGACGCUGUGACCGAUCUACAGAAGGAGUUUGAUGCAGCUGUUGUCAUCAAACACGCCUUGGAGAUUGAACUACAAGCAAGUAAUGAGAGACUUAAAGCUGCGACUAAUAUGAUGAAGAGCUUGCAGCAAGAAUUGAAACGUUGGCAAGCUUACGUUGAUGACAAUGCAGUCAAUGAAUGGUUGCUCAGUACAUGCGUAGCUGCAGCAGGUUUCUUGACGUACUCCGGUGGUAUGGACCCAGACUCCCGCAUACGAUUAUCAGAGUAUUUCAAUGUGAUGUGUGAGAGGCACGGACUACCAAUGCCGAAGAAGAAACUCUUCAAAGAUGUUCCUCUCAUUAGAUUUCUCUACUCAGAGGUUGAGAUUGAAUCACUCCGUAUUCUGAAUCUACCAUCCACUCCAAACUCGUUGAACAAUGCAUGUUUUAUAAUGCAAGAGUUAAGCAGUACGGCCUGGUCGUUACUUUGUGAUCCUACGAGCCGUGUUAUUGAUUGGUUGAAAUGCUACCUCAGUGGGAGCGUUGUACUGGUCAAAUAUCAUGAGCUCCGUUCUCAGCUUGAGACCUGUCUGACUGAAGGUACACCUCUAGUCAUCAUGGAUUGUGAUGCGACGGCUCUCGCUCAUGAUCAGAGAUUCACGCGACUUCUUAGAGGUCGUCUUGCCUUCAUGAAUGCUAAGACACCUUUUAAGAUGAUGGUUGCAGAUCAUGAAGUUGAAUGCCAUCCAAAUUUCCGUGUAUUCCUACACACGACAGAGAUUCCACAAUGUAUUCCACAUAGCCUAGCAGCUUACACCAGCAUUAUGAACUUCUAUCAAACAAGAGACGAUUGUGAAGAGGAAUUACUCGAUCGAUUUAUGGCUCUGGAGAAAGCUAGAUUAGAUGAAGAUGGAACAAUGGCUAACAAGGAGAAGAUCUUUAAUAUGAAGCGUCUGGAUGAGUUAGAGCAACAGAUGUUGGAUUGUUUGGCCUCGGAUACCAGACUACUCAAUGAUUUAGCAACGACAAAGAAACUUGCUGAGUUGAAGAAACAUUACGAUGAGACGUUGGAAAGCCAAGAAAGAGUUCAAAUGUCGAAGAAGGCCAUUCAUAAUGCACGGGAAGGCUACAGGUCAAUAGCUAAACGUGGAGCUGUGUGCUUCGACGUCGCUCGAUCAUUGGUUGAAAUUAAUGCAAUGUAUCAAACGUCUUGGCAACAGUUCCUGGAUGUAUACGAUGCUUCAAUUAAACAUUCUGAGAGAGCGGCAGUGAAAGCAGUUGUUGAACGUCUGACUUACAAUGCAUUCCAAGGAACAGCAAGAUCACUACUUGAGACAGAUCGAAUGAUUCAUGCAUUACUGCUAGCAAUGGAGGUUGAAGAUUCUCUGGGUAAUGUUGGACCAGGUGAGCGUGAGUUUGUGAUCUCACCCCAGCUUGGUUCGUCCCUCAUGACCAAUCUUGGGCACAUCGUACCAUCUGAUCACCGCAUAGCCCAGGCUAAGAAACCAUUUGAUUGGAUGCUGGAUGAACAGUUCCAUAACUUACAGUCUCUAGCCAUACACUAUGAAUGGUUCCAGGAGAUGUUUGAUCGAAUGCCUAAAGAUGGUCGAGAGACUCAAUGGCGAACCUUAGGAGAGCACGACACUCCAGAGACAGCUCCUCUACCAGAGAAGAUGGAUGAAGUUUAUAAUCCAAUCCAGAGAUUGCUGGUCCUUAGGGCGUUUAGACCGGAUCGUAUAAUGCAGGCUGGAACUGUCUUCGUUAACGCUGUACUAGGAAAGAAAUACAUCGGUGAGGUAGCCCUAGAUCUUCCUGGUGUAGUACGUCAGAGCACUCCACUUACACCAAUCUUACUCCUCUAUACCAAAGAAGGAGAUCUGGCUGAGAGAAUGUUUCAUGAAUACGCCGCUAAGAAACAAUGUAAGACUCUGGUCGUACCGCUGUGUAACUCAGAACAGAAUGAAGAAAGAUCUACCAGAAGAGCUAUACAGACAGCUAUGCAAGAGGGUACGUGGGUGUUACUACAGAAUGGUCAUAACUCCAGUCACAUGCUGAACAGCUUAGAGACCAUCUUACAAGAGAGUAACAACAAACAUCAGAUGGGAGAAUCAAACUUCCGUCUUUGGAUCUCAGCUCAGAUGAGUCUACGUAUCCCAGUUAGAUUAUUGCAGUUUGCCAUCAAGGUUGUCGUGGAUUCACCAAGGAUAAUCAAAGAUAAUUUACUCCGUUCCAUGUCGCUGGUUGAUACCGAUUUGCUGAAACUGAGCUCACGUGUUGAAUGGCCGCCCCUUCUUCAUAACCUAGCGAUGCUUCAUGCUACGAUCCGUCUUCGUGGUCGUUUCAAUCGAGCUGGCUGGAAUCAUCCUGAGACCAUGGACUUUGGAUAUAAUGAGAUUAAUGAGUCGAUGCAAGUAGCGGCUACUCCCUUCAAGGAUUACUCAGUCUUAGAUGGAGAGAAUCUCAAAGGAAUCUCUUGGAUUGGUUUACGUUACGUGAUUACUGAGUUGAUUUAUGGUAGCUACAUCGUUGAUGAGUACGACCAGACGAAUCUAUCAGCAAUAGUGGAUUACUGGGUUGGACCCAACGCAGUAAAGAAGGAUUACGAAGCAACUAAAUUGCGUUACAAGCUGCCAGCCUCCUUCUUCAGUAACAAUGUGCGUCUGUCGGCCAUCAUGCAGUCUUUAGAAUCUAUAACGAAUCAUAGUCUAGAUGUACCUGAAGCAUGUAAUAUACAUACAUCUACUGAGACCCAGCUUGGUGAUGAUCAAUACGUCUUCACUCGCCUUAAUGCUAUCUUAGAUUCUAUGCCAACAUCUAAGACAUUAAGCCAUGCACUUCAACCUAGUCCUGUAACUCCCUUCAAAGGUGCAUCUGUUGCCAGUGUGAAUGGUGGUGUUAUGUAUCCUAAUAUAGCUGAUAUGGGAAUCUAUGCCAGUGCUAGCAUCUCAGCAGUACAUAGUAGAAAGGAAACUGAGAUAUGGGAAGUCUGUCACACUAUGCUGAAUAAGGUCCCUAGAGGAUGGAAUAGGGAGUAUGUAACUGAGCGUGUGCGUAAGACAGGUGGAGACACGCCCUUCAAUCGGUUCAUCUUACGAGAGAUCGAUUUGAUGUUGAAGCUUCUUCAAGAUAUAAAGUCAUCUCUACAGAAAUUGAAAUCUUUGACUGAAAAGCCGACAGAAGUCUUUGGUGAUCAGAUGUCUGAGACCUUAAUCGCGAUAGCAGACGAUAUUUAUCACCAUCGUAUACCGGCUCAUUGGUGUGAACUCGCUGGGGAAUCUAUGCCUCCUACUAACUGGGCUUUGGGUCAGUUCCUGAACGACCUCUCACUACGAUGUCAACAUCUGGAACGGAUUAUUAUACAGGGUCGUGAUAAGUUCCCAGCCUACUGGCUUGGAGCAUUCUUCCAUCCUAAGAAUCUCUUAGCACUCCUUCGCCAAGACGCUAUCAGGACCUAUGGGAAUAACACAACCCAGAUUGAGCCGUUUGUAUUCCAGACCGAGAUUACUGCAAGGGAUAAGGAUCAUGUGCGAGACCCUCCACAAGAAGGUAUGUUCAUCUAUGGCAUCUACAUUUGGGGCUGUACAUGGGAGAAGACUACAGGUGAACUUCAAGACACGCCUCCACGCCAUGGCCCCACCCCUCUUCCUAUCGUUCAUAUCAUGUGUAUGCCACAGAGCGAGAAGCCUGCCCUCAACGAUCCUCAGAAAGCAGUGGAGACGUUUAACUGCCCUGUGUAUCCAACGCGUGUCAGCGCUAGAGAUCCUGUAUUUACUAUGGAUGUGAGACAUGAUAAUGUAUCAGCUACUAAGUGGGCACUUAGAGGUAUGGCUGCCACUAUUAGACCGUACUAGGAGAGCUGUCUGGUUGUAGAAAGAUAAUUAUUUGUAUCUAAGACCUGAUAAUGUAUCGGCUACUAAGUGGGCACUUAGAGGUAUGGCUGCCACUAUUAGACCGUACUAGGAGAGCUGUCUGGUUGUAGAAAGAUAAUUAUUUGUAUCUAAGACCUGAUAAUGUAUCGACUACUAAGUGGGCACUUAGAGGUAUGGCUGCCACUAUUAGACCGUACUAGGAGAGCUGUCUGGUUGUAGAAAGAUAAUUAUUUGUAUCUAAGACAUGAUAAUGUAUCAGCUACUAAGUGGGCACUUAGAGGUAUGGCUGCCACUAUUAGACCGUACUAGGAGAGCUGUCUGGUUGUAGAAAGAUAAUUAUUUGUAUCUAAGACCUGAUAAUGUAUCGACUACUAAGUGGGCACUUAGAGGUAUGGCUGCCACUAUUGGACCGUACUAGGAGAGCUGUCUGGUUGUAUAAAGAUAAUUAUUUGUAUCCAAGACCUGAUAAUGUAUCAGCUACUAAGUGGGCACUUAGAGGUAUGGCUGCCACUAUUAGACCGUACUAGGAGAGCUGUCUGGUUGUAUAAAGAUAAUUAUUUGUAUCCAAGACCUGAUAAUGUAUCGGCUACUAAGUGGGCACUUAGAGGUAUGGCUGCCACUAUUAGACCGUACUAGGAGAGCUGUCUGGUUGUAGAAAGAUAAUUAUUUGUAUCCAAGACCUGAUAAUGUAUCGGCUACUAAGUGGGCACUUAGAGGUAUGGCUGCCACUAUUAGACCGUUCUAGGAGAGCUGUCUGGUUGUAGAAAGAUAAUUAUUUGUAUCCAAGACCUGAUAAUGUAUCAGCUACUAAGUGGGCACUUAGAGGUAUGGCUGCCACUAUUAGACCGUACUAGGAGAGCUGUCUGGUUGUAGAAAGAUAAUUAUUUGUAUCUAAGACAUGAUAAUGUAUCGGCUACUAAGUGGGCACUUAGAGGUAUGGCUGCCACUAUUGGACCGUACUAGGAGAGCUGUCUGGUUGUAGAAAGAUAAUUAUUUGUAUCUAAGACAUGAUAAUGUAUCAGCUACUAAGUGGGCACUUAGAGGUAUGGCUGCCACUAUUAGACCGUACUAGGAGAGCUGUCUGGUUGUAGAAAGAUAAUUAUUUGUAUCUAAGACCUGAUAAUGUAUCGGCUACUAAGUGGGCACUUAGAGGUAUGGCUGCCACUAUUAGACCGUACUAGGAGAGCUGUCUGGUUGUAGAAAGAUAAUUAUUUGUAUCUAAGACCUGAUAAUGUAUCGACUACUAAGUGGGCACUUAGAGGUAUGGCUGCCACUAUUAGACCGUACUAGGAGAGCUGUUUAGUUAAUAUAGGGAUGUACGGUUAGGUUCGCAUAGGGGUUUCAUUUCAUGCCUUCCACCUCUGGAACCCUGGUUCGAAUCCCAUCGAGGGCAUUAAGUGGUUUGGGUUUUCUUAGAUGUUUGGUGACCACUUGUCAGUUCAUGAAACUGAAAUGAUUUUACUGGCCUUGAAUGUUGUUCUUGAAGGGGCACAGCAAUUUUCAUCUUAAGGGGCACUUCUUAGAAGGGGGUUUUAUGUUUGUUUUGGAACCAUGUAGAGGGCAUCACAGCAAAAGCACAGGGCAC